CCGCCGAGCUGUCAGGCACGCCUUGUCAAUUGUCAUUCAUUCCGUACUUCGUACGCACGAGCGUAGUGUCGCGAGCUAUUAUAAUUGAUUUUCGUCGUGUUUAAUCACAGUAACAAUGUUGUAUUAGUGUCGUAUAGUGUAUAAGAGGAGUGAACAAUAUGGCUUAUGAUAUAACUUGGAUUAUCCCGCGGCUGCGUAGCCCGGGACGGUUGUGGACGUGUGCGAGCUCUAUAACCGUGGCUGUUGUCGGACUCUUCAGCAAAUUUAUCGUAGAGUUCCUGAACAAAACUACAGUAUAUAAUAAGGAACAGCUAACGGCGGCUAUGAAGAGGCCACCAGGAGUGCCUCUCAUCACAGUGUCCAACCACCACUCGUGCUUCGACGACCCCGGCCUCUGGGGCGUGUUAGACGCAGGCACGCUGGCCGGGUCCAUGGGCCGCCGCAUGCGAUGGUCGCUAGCAGCACACGAUAUCUGCUUCACGAACGCUCUGCACGCCGCUUUCUUCGCGCUCGGCAAGUGUGUGCCGGUCGAACGAGGAGCGGGGGUCUAUCAGCCCGCGAUCGACUUCUGCAUUGAGCGGCUGACGCAAGGCGAGUGGGUGCAUAUCUUUCCUGAGGGGCGAGUCAACGUCAACAAGGAGCACAUCAGAUUCAAAUGGGGCGUGGGCCGAAUGAUAGCGGAGUGCGCGGAGGCGGGGCGCGCGCCGCUCGUGUUGCCGAUCUGGCACGAGGGCGUGGACGCCGUGCUGCCCAACACCGAGCCCUACCGCCUGCGGGCCGGCAACCGCGUGUGGCUCGCCGUGGGCCAGCCGGUGCCGCUCGCUAACUUACUGGCCAGGUUAAAAGAAUCAAACGCGAGCGAAGAAGAGACACGGCGAGCAAUCACAGAACGCGUCCAAAAUGAGCUGAUUCGACUGCGGAUGAAAACGCACGAAACGCUUAAACGGGUGCUCGGCGUCGCACCGGCGCUGCUGGCUGGCAGAACGGACGUCCUAACGCAGCCGACAGACACGCACGGCGACGCCGACUACGCACACAACCACUCCAACGGGAAAGAGAAGGAGGCAGAAAGAGAAAAAGACAAGGACAUCUAGUUCCUUUACCUUAAGUGUACCGUGUAUGGAUUCUGUGGCUAUCGGGUCCUGCGAGAAAGGUUUCAUGCGAGUUUCUCGCCUUAUCCCUUUAUAAGGCAUAAGGGUGUGAGGAAUUAUGCAAAAUUAAACCCUAUCACUUUGAAAUAAAGUUCAAAAUCAGGUGGGAAAUAUAUUUCCUAUAAGGCAGCUUUUAAACCUAUUGUAAAGACAAGCUCCACCAUGGCCAUUUAGAUGGUAUGAGUUUCUCGCCUCGAUCUUAAAGAAUUAACUGACAGAAAACCGAAAGGCCUGUGCACACUAGACGCGUGUGUGUAGACGUGCGUUGUGAUAUACAGAUCUUUAUUGGAGAUGGCACACCGCUUGCGUGAUGUGUGCGUGCACGGCUCUAACAUUUUAGCGUUGCACGUCUACGCACAUGAAGCUUUGACCUUGAUUGCAAAGUAAUAAAGUCCAUUGAUGGUAUUAUGUGUGUUGCUGAUUGGGAUUGUCAAACGUUUUAUUGCCUCAAAGGAACUUGUAUCAAGUAAAUGAGUCGUUAAAGUGAUAAUGUUGAAAGAAAAUCUCCACGGACUCGGAAAUGCCUGUGGACAUUUGUCGCUCGAAAGGUUGGAAAUGAUAACAAAAUGGAGCAUGAUUUAAUAAGAAGGGUACACGGAAAAAACCUGUCUAGUCACAU